AUGGAAGACAAACGUGUACCAGAUGUUGCCCAUGUUAUUCGCCUGUCACUGGAAGAUAUUGAUUGGACAUCAGGGCAUUUUUCACCAUCACCAGCAGCUGCACUUUUGAAAGAGAGCUGCUUUCAGUCAGACUUGGCAAGCAAUGCCAAUGAACUGAUUCUAUUUUCAAUGCAGCAGCAGCUGACAGCCAUUGUGAAGAUUGGGCUUUUGUCUUUCUCCGGUUCUCAUGUAUGCCGAUCCGAUCUAAACCUGUGGGGUCCGGUCUGGGUUCUUGGAGUCUCUGGAGCUCGUCUUGAGCAAAAGCGGCUGAAACUUUCUAUGCUGGUACAGGAUAUUCAAGAGAUCUGGGGUCCAGCAUGGCUGGUGGGCCAACCACCCAAAGAAGGGAAAGUUAUACGCACGGAAAGAGGAUACAUUGUUCCUCUUCAGUCCGAGAAGAAAGGCAAGGGUAAAGAAAAAGCAUAUUCUCUUCCUAUUGAUGUCGAAUGUCAUUGGAGUAAUAUUCUGGAAGCCCCGUGCCAAAUUGAGGAACCUGUUCUUCUCAGUAACACAUCUCGAAUCUUGAUUAGCACAAAUACUGAUUGUGUGGCCGGUCUUGUCUUCAAUUCAAGGUGUCAAUCAUCAAUCCAGAGAUUCCAGAAACAAGUCGCGAACGACCAUACGAUACCAGGAGCAUGCGAAGAAUUCUUUUCAUUUGAGGACCGAGAAUUCCAAGUCGGGUUCCAGAGUCAACAUGGCCCAGUAGCCAAUGUGACAUGGCUACACAAGCGAUAUCCGAUGAAGUCAAUGAAAGAAACAAUCAGAUCAGGAUCCACGAGCAAGACUAUCGAUUAUAGGAAGUUCCUAGGGAUUCUCAAGCUCCGCAUCGGACUGGAAAUCAGUGCGUGUACAGGCAAUGCCCAGAAAAUCACUCUUUGGGAUGCCCUGCGUUUAUCACGUACAGAUAGGGGGCUCCCACCAAAUCUCAAAUGUAAACAUGCAGUCGGCGAUCUGGUUUGCAUUCAAUCAUGCUGGACUCAACUUGCGAAGCCCAGAUUUCUGAAUUCCAAGCCUACAACCGACGUCAGCGCUGUUUGGAGUUUUCUGGAGGAGGAACGAAGGGAAUAUGCUCGAAGCUUGCGCAGAACAUUGAUUUUAAGUCCAGACAAACGUGUUUAUGCAGUCAAGGCUUGCCACGGGUUGACCUGCGAUCUAAGUCCCGAUUUUUACGGUCUCCUUCGAGUCCUUCCCCUAUUCCACUUCUGUCUCCGCUUCAAGAGUGCAGCUUGGAGGCAUUUUUCAGGUAUGGAAGAUGUCACUUGUGCUGGAGAGGAGUUGGAAAGGGGAGGAGGAAGCUUUAGUUGCGAGUACGAGUAUCAGUACACGGAGCUUGAUGAGUCCUCGGGCAAUUCCUGA